AAAAAGGCGGAGCCUAUCUCUCAUCAGGACCAGUCUGACUGCACCUGCAUCCUUAGCUCAGAGCAUCCUUGGAGCAUCUUAAGAGGAGGGCGCAGCUGGCAACCAGGGAUCGGACCGUCGCAGGGGACGUCCGCCAGAUACCUUCCCCCUACCCUGACCUACAGCUCCACAGCGGCGACCUCGGUACUGGCCAGGGGUUCCCAGAGUUGUCUGACCAUUACGAGAGCAUUUAUAGCAACAGCCUCUGAUUACGACAUGGCUGAGAUCACCAAUAUCCGACCUAGCUUUGAUGUGUCACCAGUGGUGGCUGGCCUCAUCGGGGCCUCUGUACUGGUGGUGUGUGUUUCAGUGACUGUCUUUGUCUGGACAUGCUGCCAUCAGCAGGCAGAGAAGAAGCACAAGACCCCACCGUACAAGUUUAUUCACAUGCUCAAAGGCAUCAGCAUAUACCCAGAGACCCUCAGCAACAAGAAGAAAAUCAUCAAAGUGCGGAGAGACAAAGAUGGCCCUGGGAGGGAAGGUGGCCGCGGGAACCUGUUGGUGGAUGCAGCAGAGGCUGGCCUGCUGAGCCGAGACAAGGAUCCCAGGGGGCCCACCUCUGGAUCUUGUAUAGACCAAUUGCCCAUCAAAAUGGACUAUGGGGAAGAACUGAGGAGCCCCAUUACAAGCCUGACCCCUGGGGAGAGCAAAACCACCUCUCCAUCAUCUCCAGAGGAGGAUGUCAUGCUAGGAUCCCUCACCUUCUCAGUGGACUAUAACUUCCCGAAAAAAGCCCUGGUGGUGACAAUCCAGGAGGCCCAUGGGCUGCCAGUGAUGGAUGACCAGACCCAGGGCUCUGACCCCUACAUCAAAAUGACCAUCCUUCCUGACAAGCGGCAUCGGGUGAAGACCAGAGUGCUGCGGAAGACCCUGGACCCCGUGUUUGAUGAGACCUUCACCUUCUACGGAAUUCCUUACAGCCAAUUGCAGGACCUGGUGCUACAUUUCCUCGUCCUCAGCUUUGAUCGCUUCUCUCGGGAUGACGUCAUUGGGGAGGUGAUGGUGCCAUUGGCUGGGGUGGAUCCCAGUACAGGCAAGGUACAACUGACCAGGGACAUCAUCAAGAGGAACAUCCAGAAGUGCAUUAGUAGAGGGGAGCUCCAGGUGUCUCUGUCAUAUCAGCCGGUGGCACAGAGAAUGACAGUGGUGGUCCUCAAAGCCAGACACUUGCCGAAGAUGGAUAUCACCGGUCUCUCAGGUAAUCCUUAUGUCAAGGUGAACGUCUACUACGGCAGAAAGCGCAUUGCCAAGAAGAAAACCCAUGUAAAGAAGUGCACUUUGAACCCCAUCUUCAAUGAGUCUUUCAUCUAUGACAUCCCAACCGACCUCCUGCCUGACAUCAGCAUCGAGUUCCUCGUCAUCGACUUCGAUCGCACCACCAAGAACGAGGUGGUGGGGAGGCUGAUCCUGGGGGCACACAGUGUCACAAGCAGUGGUGCCGAGCACUGGAGAGAGGUUUGCGAGAGUCCCCGCAAGCCUGUAGCCAAGUGGCACAGUCUGAGCGAGUACUAAUCCUGUUCUUCUCGCCUCUAACCCUGGGGCCAGGCUGGGGAGGGACAUGGUGGGGAGAGAUGUCAGAGAAGCGGACUCAAAACCUCAUUUUAGUUGUAGAAGAAAAUUUCUUACAAAACAAACCCGACAAGGAACAUCCCACAUCACCACAGCCGCAGAUCAGUUCUUAGCAAAGACGAUUUUUUUUCUCCUUUGCAAGGCACUAGAAAUUCUUUUGUUUUUUAAAUGGGGCGGGGAAAGAGAGGGAAAGACCCCUACAAGUCUAUAUAUAACACUGUAACCUUAUACUUGCAUGUCUAAUACAAACUGAAGAAAUUAGCCUAAUUGCCAAUAUCAAGUUGCAGAUUUUAAUCCAUGAAAAUUGUGUUUUGUGCCGAAUCGUAUUUGCUGAUUACCUGAAAUUGGCCUCUUUUUACUGGGCUUCUCUGGAGAGUUAGUCCUUCUCCCCACCUUGGCAGAAAACAAAUUUUUGCUCUUGUAAAGCCUCAUGUUUUCACUAUCUCCAUCUUUUCUCCCUGUUACCUCUCACGUCUCUGCUCUUUGGCUGAGACCAAGGUCCAGAGGUCUAUAGUAAGCCAAGAAACAAAGGUUGAGUGAAAAGGCAGGGUUUGCAAGAGAAGGAGUAAUUGAGCAGGGGGGUAUUUUUGCUGUUAAUCUUCCUGCUCUGAAGGGGUAGUUGGUAGUCUAUGACUCACUGGUAGCCCCAGCAAAGCACAUAAAACUCAUCAGACUUACCAGGAAGAAGUUGGAUUUACAAAACUAGACAAUUUCUUUAAAAUGAGCUUUGGAGGCUUCAAAUUCAGCUCUAGGAGAAUACCAGUGAACUCACCCAGAUGAUUCCAAAUGUUAUUUGCAGGUAUGAGGACAAGGAGGAGAGAAAUGAGAGGACCUCCAUCCCCUUUGGUAGUUAUAUCCGGUAGUGACAGCCAUUCCUUAGCUGAUGGGUUGGAAGUCCUCAGAGGUUGGAAGGAUUACAUCGGCCUUUGUUUUUCCAGGAAGGCUGACCAUGGAGAAUAAGAAUCUUCUCAGGUGACUCAGAUGUUACAAUGAAGUAAGUUUUGCUUCAUGAAAGGCCCUCAGAAAUGAUUAUUUCUCCUUGAAAUUUUCAAUAAUAGCUCUUAAAAAAUAACAGUGUGGCUGAGUAGUAAUGGUAACUUGGGGUGGGCAUAGUGGUGCCCAUCAACUCUGGAGGCAGAGGCAGGAGGAUUGCAAGUUAGAGACCAACCUGGGCAACUUAGCAAAACCCUGUCUCAAAAUAAAAAAUAAAAGGGCUGGGGAUAUGGCUCAGUUGGUAGAGUGCUUGCCUCACAUGCAUAAGGCCCUGGGUUCAAUCCCCAGCACCACAAAAAAAAAAAAAAAUAUAUAUAUAUAUAUAUAUAUAUAUAUAUAUAUAUAUAUGAAAAAAAUAAAAAGGGGUAGGAUGUAGCUCAGCGGUAGAGUCCCUGGGUUCCAUUCUUAGGACCGCAAGAUAAAAAGAAAAGUAACCUGAAUGUUUUCAGAACCUCUUUUCCCUCAAAACAAAGUACAUCAUUCUUGGAACUUCUGAGUCUCAUGACAUGGUAAAGGGAUGAGGGAAACACUGGGCAGAACAGGUUGAGAGAUUCAGUGUUGUGCUGGAAUUCGAAUUCAGGACUCCUCACUCCUAGUGUAGCUUUGUCUCCACAGUUGAGACUUUUCAUAUGGCAGAGGCCUCAUUACCCACAGGUGAGCUUGGACAGGCAGUACAGAUUUUUUUUCAGUCUGAAGAGGAACGCAAUCAAAUAAACAACAGCUUGAUUAAGGGCCUGAAAGAGUAACCGAGAUUGGAUUGUCCACUUCAAUCCACAAGAUCCUUCCUUUCCAACUUGCUUCUGAGAAGGGAAUACAAGCGUUGAGUCUGCAUGGACAGGGUGGUAUGGUAACAUUGCCUUUGUUGUUCCCUUAGCUCUAGUGGAUUUAAAUCCCAUCUGUAUCUCCCACACACUCCAGUUCUUUUGUUUGGUUUUUCUUUGAACCCAUAUUUCUUGACAAUGCAGAGCAGUUCUGUGCAGGCACAAAGCCCACUCUCUGUUUGUAUUCCUGACAUUCCCCCUCCGGUCCCCAUAAUCCAACUCACUAUCUCAUUCAUCAUCAUUUGGGGUCACGCACUACUAGUCUCUGUCCUUUAAUCUAUAGAGUGUAAAUACUGUAUCAUACGUAGAAGAAAAUAAUUUUUGUUUUCUAAAAAUGCAUUUCAAGAUAGUUUAAUGUAAAUUUGGCAGGAGCACUCUGAAGCCCCAUUAGGAAAACUUUUAAAUGGUUCCUCUUCAUCGCCUUAAUGUCUAAAGAUCAGAAAUCGCUAAGCAACCCGCUUUUGUUUCCUUCCCAGAAACAAUGCAAAGCAACAGGUGGAGGUAGUCUGGUCUUUGCCCUGCUGUGUGUGCCUCUGUAGCUCCUCCUGACGUCAGUCUGGGAAGACAACCUCACCCCACUCCUCUCUCCCCCACCUCCUUGUAGCUUUAUACCUUUCAUUCUUUGGGUCUACGGAGCAGUGGAUGGUGAGGUGCCAGGGGAGGAACCAGUGGUAGGCUAGGAGCUGCCUCCGUGUCUUUUGCCAGAAAAAGGCGAAGAGGUGGACAGUACAGGGUUCCCCCCUCCUACCUCAGGCCUGAUCCAUCGUGCCCUGCAUUUUGCUGUCCCAAAGUUUCUUAGCUAACUUUGGUUUUCGAAUUUGUUCUUUCCAGAGCUAACUGGGAAGGGUGGAGUCAGUUGAAAGACAAGAGAGUCACAUCCUACCUUUUGCACAAAGCACUCGUGGUCAGGAAUAGGUUAGGGAAUGGUCACUUCUGAUUUUCCAAGAGCCAGUCCUUCUGUCUGUAUAUCUUGAUUCCCUUGAGACAAGAGUUUUUCAUAAUAACAGAAAUCCCUGUAUGAGUUAUUCCUUAUUUCAGUUCUCAGAGGAGCACAGCCAAGAUGUACAUGUUGAUGGACCGUGCUCUAGGUAUGAGAACAGAGCUGGUUUGUGGGACAGGGGUGGCUUGCUCAGGAGAGGGAAAAUGCAAGUCCCUUUUGGAAGGCUUUUACUAUGGCCAUGACAGUGACAUUGCCCUCACCAUGAUCCCUCUCCAAAGUGGUCGUCUUUCUUUACCUUGUGUCUUCUCUUGUAAAAAUGAAACAAAAAUAAAAUGUGUCAAAUUAAAAAAACAAAAAAAACAAAAAAACAAAUGAAAAGCUAACAUGAAUUGUGUGAAAUUGCAUAAUGCUGUAACGCUAACCUACAAUAUGUAAUGCUAUCUUGUAUGUUGAAUUUGUUAAUGCACCACACCAGUGCAAAAUAAAGACUGAUUCACAUUAAAUAGGCACAGUAAUGUCA